CAGCUUCUGCGCAGACGCAGAACAACAACUGCUCUGAUCAGCUGACUGUGAGUGUAGAUGCUGUGUUGAAGCACCUUUGAGUCGAAAAGCUGUAAUUAUCUGCGCCAUGCAUGGGAAGCUGCGACUGUUUAACUGAAUUACACCGUGUGGACCAAAUACUGACGCCGUAAACACACCGUGACUUCCUUUCAUCAAAGGCCCGGUGGACGAACAUCUUACCAGCAGCCAUGACAGAAUUCUGGUUGAUCUCCGCUCCGGGGGAGAAGACGUGCCAGCAGACGUGGGACAAGCUGAUGGUGGCCACCGCACAUGCCAACAACCUCUCCGUUAACAACAAGUUCAAUAUCCCUGAUCUCAAGGUCGGAACACUAGAUGUCUUAGUGGGUCUGUCAGAUGAGCUGGCUAAACUGGACACGUUUGUGGAAACUGUGGUGAAGAAGGUCGCUCAGUAUAUGGCCGACGUCCUGGAGGACAGCCGAGACAAAGUCCAGGAGAACCUGCUCGCUAAUGGAGUUGACCUGGUCACAUAUAUCACCAGAUUCCAAUGGGACAUGGCGAAGUAUCCAAUCAAACAGUCGCUGAAAAACAUCUCUGAGAUCAUCUCCAAGCAAGCGACUCAGAUAGACAAUGACCUGAAGGCCAGAGCAUCAGCCUACAACAACCUGAAGGGAAACCUGCAAAACCUGGAGAGGAAGAAUGCGGGGAGCUUGUUGACCAGGAGUUUGGCUGACAUAGUGAAGAAAGAGGACUUUGUCUUGGACUCAGAGUACCUGAUUACUAUGCUGGUGGUUGUCCCAAAGACAAGCUAUGUUGAAUGGCAGAAGACGUAUGAAACCCUGGCAGAAAUGGUUGUGCCACGCUCCACAAAGCUGCUGUUUGAGGACAACGACAGCGGUCUGUUCAGCGUCACUCUCUUCAGGAAGGCUUUAGAUGACUUCAAGCACAAGGCCAGGGAAAACAAGUUUACUGUGCGUGAUUUCCAGUACAAUGAGGAGGAGCUGAAGGCAGACAAAGAGGAGAUGACACGUUUAUCCACUGACAAGAAGAAACAGUUUGGGCCUUUGGUACGAUGGCUGAAAGUGAAUUUCAGCGAAGCCUUCAUCGCGUGGAUUCACAUAAAAGCCCUGCGUGUGUUUGUGGAGUCGGUAUUGAGAUAUGGGCUUCCAGUGAACUUCCAGGCCAUGCUGCUCCAGCCCACCAAGAAGAACAUGAAGAAGCUGAGAGAGGUGCUCUACGACCUAUACAAACACCUGGACAGCAGUGCUGCCAUCAUUGAUGCCGCUAUGGACAUCCCAGGACUGAACUUGAGCCAGCAGGAGUACUACCCCUAUGUUUAUUACAAGAUCGACUGCAACCUGCUGGACUUCAAAGUCUAGACACAUCGCCAUCAUCAUCUCACUGUCUGUGCAGUAGUAUCCUCAUGUGACUCAUGUUCACAUCCCCAAGCUGUAAUUUAUUUGCACCCAGUUUUCAUUCCUCUUUUCCUCUCUCAUGCCCAAGAUACAUUCCUGGCUCCAUACUGAAUAAGUUGUUGAAUAUGGGCCGUUUUUUUUGUCGCUUCCUCUUUGUACUACUCUGUAAAAGUGAAAAGCUCCCCAGUUUACAUUACAUGCACCAACAUGGUUGACAUUCCCCAUCAAAAGACAUAAACAAUGCUGUAUUUUUGUUGCUGUUUUUUCCCCCCCUGUCCACCCUACUUUAUAAAAAGCAACAAAAACUGUACACGUGUGGGGAGGGUGGGGAGAAAAAUGUAUGUAUGUUAAAUAUAGUAUUUAUUUAAAGCCUCUAAAAUCAGUGGAGAUGUUUUUGUUUGUUCAGUUUUUUGAAAGUGAUGUGUUUUUAGCUCCAUGUAAGGAAUGUCUGUUUACAAGUAGAUGUUGACCAUCGUCCCCCCCAAUAAAGCUAUAUCUUGUGAAACACUGAGACGGAUCAUUUUACAGUAUAAAGAAGCAAUACGUUUGCUGAUUGUAUGCUCCUAUGAUUUCUGUAUAUUAAGCAGUUUGAGAAAUAUAAUAAUAGGUCUAUGUGCAAAUACUGUGUUGUCAGUAUAACUGAAAGAUUACACCACAUAUUUAAAAUAAAUGUGAAAAAUAAAUACUCUAUGUGAAAUAUA